CGGAGCAGGUGCCUGUGACCGGUGGGGCCCUCCCGGUAUCGUGCCUCGCGGAGAUCCUCAGGCGAUUGUCGCCCAAGGAGCUGAUGGGGGCGGCGGCGGUGUGUAAAGGGUGGAGGGAUGUUAUUAAGAGGGUGUGGAUCUCCGCGGAGGAGGUUAAGCUUAAAGUCUCCCCUAAAUCGCAGAUUGGAUUUGUUGGAUCUGUUCUCCACAAGUGUGCUGGGCUCGUGAGAUUAACCCUAACGAUGGAAAGUGAUGCAGAUGCUACUGUUUUAGCUUGUGUCGCAUUCUCGUGCCCUAAUUUAGAAGCAUUUGAGAUGAAAAUCACAGGCACUGCUGCCAAUCGAAUCACUGGGGAUGAAUUGGCUCGUUUUAUUUCUGAGAAACGGAGCCUUUCAGUCCUUAAAAUUGAUGGUUGCAGCAACCUAGGUUCUCUUAAUAUCUGUUCAUCAAGCUUGUCAACUCUAUGGCUUUCCGAUCUUUCUUGUAUUUCUAAGACAGUCAUCAGUUGUCCUAAUCUUAAAGAGAUUUCUCUUGAUUUUACUCGGCAAGAGAAUGACUCUACAGAUCUUGUUGCAAUGAUGGAUAGUCUUGGGAGGACAUGUUCUCGAUUAAGAAACAUUCAUGUUUCGUCAAUCCAACUUUGCAAUGAUGCUGUUCUUGCUCUUGUCGGAGCAAACUUGAGGAGUCUGCGAAUGCUGUCACUGGUUCUUGGUUCAAAAAUAACUGAUGCAUCUGUGGCUGCUAUAGUUUCAUGUUAUGCAAGUUUAGAGUUGCUUGAUUUAAGCGGGUCAAGCAUAAGUGAUAGUGGCAUCGGAAUGAUAUGCAACGUGUUUCCUCAGACUCUUUCUAGACUUUUCUUAGCUCUUUGUCCUAAUAUUACCUCAAGUGGUAUCCAGUUUGCUGCAGCCCAAUUGCCAUUUCUUCAGCUGUUUGAUUGUGGGAUGAGCAUUUCUGAUCUUAGUUUUCAAAGAGGAAGUACUGAAGAUAAUGAAUUGAUCAGUGGAGAAACUAAAAAGUGUCAGAAAUUACAAAGUGCAAAGCCACUGCCAAUUUAUCAGAAACUAAUUAUCAAACAUGGACGUUUGAAGAAACUCAGUUUGUGGGGUUGUUCAGGUUUAGAUGCCUUAUACCUGAACUGCCCACAGCUUAACGAUCUUAACUUAAAUUUAUGUACAAAUUUGAAUCCAGAAACAUUGAUGAUCGAGUGUCCUAACUUGAAAAAUAUUCAUGCCUCUGGCUGUCAAGAUAUGCUCAUUGGAGAAAUUCAUAACAAGGUUCUCAGUGACUAUUCUGCCGUAGGGAACCAUUUCCCUUCCAAGCGCCUAGCAGAUGGUUCUAAGAGGGUUCAGGUGCCCCAGUUCCUUAUGCAACAGCCAUCUGAUGAUGAAAAGAGGAAGAGAUUUAAGCUAACCAAUUGCAGUGUGCACCUUGGUCGAUAAUGCCAACUCUGUACCAGUUCUUUUCUGAUGACUCGGUUGUGUUUCUGUUCUUUUCUUUUUUCCUUUUUCUUUACUUGACAUUAGGAUUUAGCCUUGACGGCCUACUGUUUGUUGUAUCAAUGAUUGUUGCGGGUUGCUUUGGUGGUGUUCAGUAAUGGCAAACUUCGCUAUCAGGGCUUCAAAAUUUGUAGGAUGAAUAAAUUUGUAGCCUGCAUGUUUUUCUGCUGUACUUUCAAAAUAAGGAUUAUACCAAAUUGGUUCUGAGAAACAUUUAAUUUGAACUAAAUUCUUUCGGUGCGAA